GUCUCCUGUGAGAUUCAUUACUCUCAAUAAACAUUGUGAAAAUGGGUACCAUCUUGAUUUUUGUGUGUCUCUUCUUUAUUCCUGAUGCUUUAACUAAUACAAAAGAAUGGACUAACUUCAAAGAAAAAUUUGGAAAGGAUUAUAAGAGCACCUUGGAUGAACAAAGACGCUUUUCGAUUUUCCAAGAAAACUUGAAAAUAAUCGAAGCACACAACGAAGACUAUCGCAACGGAAAAAGCACGUACUACAUGGGAGUGAAUCAAUUUGCUGAUAUGACUCAAGAAGAGUUCAUCAAUCGACUUGGCCCUGCCAGAAAUAUGGAUAUUUCCGGACAUUCCAGAAUCAUGGAUAUCUCCACUGACGACGGUAAUAUUCCAGAAUCUAUUGACUGGAGAGAAAUUGGAGCUGUAACGCCAGUAGCCAAUCAAGGAGAAUGUGGAUCAUGUUAUAUUUAUGGAGCUUUAGGCAGUAUUGAAAGCCAACAUUUCCUGAAAUCAGGAAAGUUGAUCAAUCUGAGUGUACAACAGAUUCUUGACUGUGAUGAAUAUAACAACGGAUGUAUCGGAGGUUGGCCAGCUAGCGUUUAUAAACAGAUAAGAGAAAACGGAGCUGUCCUCUCAGAAGAUUACCAGAGCUAUCAAGAAAAUGUAGGACAAUGUCAAGCCAAUGGUACAUUAUUCAAAGGAAUAGGAUACUUGAGUGUCCCUAGAAAUGAGAAUGCCUUGAAAACUGCAGUUGCGACUUAUGGUCCAGUUUCGGUAGAGAUAGACGCUUCCUACUUGAACAAGUACUCCGGCGGAGUGUACUUUAACGCCUCGUGCAAUGCGAACAUGGCCAACCACGUGUUACUGGUGGUGGGUUAUGGAACAGAGAACGGGCAAGACUAUUGGUUGGCGAGAAACUCCUGGGGUACGACUUUUGGCAUAGAAGGUUACGUCAAGAUGGCCAGGAAUAGAAACAAUAACUGUGCUAUAGCCAACGCACCAACUCUUCCUAUUUUGUAAUUGAUAGUGGAAUAACGGUCAAGGAUGGGAAGAUUGGGAAGUUCCACUAAUGAAAUAACAAUAAUCAUGGAAUAACAUCAAAAUAUUAAUAAUCUAACUAUAGGUUAUUGUCUUAUUAGUCCAGUCAUUUCAUAAUUGAUACCAAUACACGUUUCUGAUUGCGAAUGUAAAAACUUCACAAAUGAUAAGAUUUCCACAUAAUACGUAACCGUGAAAAGUGCACUAACUGCGCAGUAAAUGUCUGUAAUUGUUCACAUGUUCCUCCUAAUCCUAAAUCACUAUACUCUUUCAUAACUAUAUUAUUUUUUUUUCAUUUUUACUUAUUCCACCAGUGGUUUUAGAAGGUCUUGAAAUCUGAUUAGUCAUUGAAGAAGUUCAUGGAUAAGUCCGAAACGGGUGUUCAUUGAAUAAAUUAGUCCUUCUUAGCUCUAUCCAAGGAUGAAAUGAAAUACAGGGCGUUCCAUUUGAAAAUUUCGAGACAUGAUCGGUUUGCAAAAUACGUCAUAACUUCUGGUUAUUUCAAAUUUUUUAAAUAUUAACAGAAUAUCCAUAUAACAUAUAGAAUUUGUUCAUUCAUGAUGAAAACUGUGCAUCAGAAACUGGAUUCUCAACUUUUCUAUAAGACUUUGAAAUUUGGCUAUUUAGUGGAGGAGAUUAUGGAGAAAGUCCGAAACGGGUUAUCCAGUUGAACUUAUCUUUCUAAGAUCUACCCAAGGACGAAAUGGAAUUCAGAGUAUUCCGUUUGUAAAAAUGUAUGUUUGGUAUGUCGAAGGCAUAUAGACAUUAUACCUAAAAAAAUCUAUAUGACUAUGAAAAACUCCGAUUCUCUCACUUUUUUUUGUAUCCAUUCAACAAUGAGAUUCUUAGCUAUUGAGUAAAAAAACAAUCGGCCUGUACGUACGAUAAUGAUCGUACAGGUGUGAUCCAUUAUUUGACAUUCAGUGUACAUCCAAAAACGUAAAUGAGGUUCUCGAUUGAUCCCGUGAUGAUUAUCCAAUGAAUGUGAAAUUUUUGUACAUAUAUAUAGGUAGGUACGUAUAAUUAGUAAUGUUUGGAAUAUUGGUCGAUUAUUGUACAUUAAAUGUACAUCCACGAAAGUUCUGUAAUGAAUGUUCCAUUAUACCCUCUUCUUUCAAUUCGUAAUUCGUACUUGUUUGUCCAAAGGGUGCACAAAGAUUGUAC